GAGGAAAGGCAACAAAGCUGUCCGUUUUUGUAGCGUGUCUAACUCUUAACCAUAUACUUACCUCCAUUAUCUCAUUUAAUUAAUUCUCUGUUGGUUACCAACUUCUCUCUCCUCAGAAUACCUUUGUCUUCUCCCAAAUCUCUCCGUUUUAUUCGGCUAGGGUUCUUCACCGAUUGUCAAGCUCGAGAAGAAAGCUACUCUGUUCAAUGAAGAUCAUGGAGGGACGAUCACGUCUCUCCCUCCUCCUCCUUCUCUUAUCCUUAACUUCAUCAACCUCAGCUGCUGACUACACUCCCACGGACAAGAUCCUCUUAAACUGUGGUGGCUCCUCUGAUCUAACCGACACAGAUAACCGGACAUGGAUCCCCGAUGUCAAAUCCAAGCUCUUCUCUUCCUCCGGAGACUCCAAAACCUCUCCCGCCGCCACACAAGAUCCUUCCGUCCCCGAGGUCCCUUACAUGACAGCUAGAAUCUUCCGAUCUCCCUUCACUUACUCUUUCCCCGUCGCUUCAGGUCGUAAGUUCGUGCGUCUCUACUUCCACCCCAACUCGUACGACGGCCUCAACGCCACGAACUCCCUCUUCUCCGUCACCUUAGGCUCCUCCUACACUCUCCUCAAGAACUUCAGCGCUGCUCAAACAGCUCAGGCCUUGUCUUACUCUUCCAUCGUUAAAGAGUUUGUCGUGAACGUGGAAGGUGGAGCUUCUUUGAACAUAACGUUCACACCUGAACCAACACCAAAGGCUUACGCCUUUGUGAACGGGAUCGAGGUGACUUCAAUGCCUGAUCUAUACAGCAACACUGAUGGGACUUUGUCCAUCGUGGGAUCUUCUACUGCUGUCGAUAUCGAUAACAGCACCGCUCUUGAGAAUGUUUACAGGCUUAACGUGGGAGGGAAUGAUAUCUCUCCUUCUGAAGAUACAGGUCUUUACAGGUCAUGGUACGACGACUCGCCUUACAUUUUCGGUGCGGGGAUUGGAGUCGUUGACACUGCUGAUCCCAACAUGACCAUUAAGUAUCCGGCAGACACACCAACAUACAUUGCUCCUGUUGAUGUUUACUCCACGGCUAGAUCCAUGACUCCAACAGCUCAAAUCAACCUCAACUUCAACCUGACUUGGGUUUUCAGCGUUGACUCUGGCUUCACUUAUCUUGUCAGGCUUCACUUCUGCGAGGUGCUUCCCAACAUCACUAAGAUUAACCAGCGUGUGUUUACGAUCUAUCUCAACAACCAAACAGCUGAGUCUGAAGCUGAUGUUGCUGGCUGGACGCGUGGUAAUGGGAUUCCUAUACAUAAAGAUUACGUUGUGAAUCCUCCUGAUGGUAAGGGACAGCAAGAUCUUUGGCUUGCUCUUCAUCCAAACACGAGGGGCAAGCCGGAGUACUACGAUGCUAUUCUCAAUGGAGUUGAGAUUUUCAAGAUGAAUGGUUCUGAUGGUAAUCUUGCUGGUCCUAAUCCUGUACCUGGUCCGCAAGUGACUGCAGAUCCAUCCAAAGUCCUACGCCCUCGUACUAGUCAGUCCAAGAGCCGUACAGCUAUUGUUGCAGGUGUGGUCAGUGGUGCAGUUGUUUUAGGUCUUGUCCUCGGUUUAUGUGUAAUGGUUGCUUACCGUAGACGUAAGGCUGGUGAAUACCAGCCUGCAAGUGAUGCAACAUCAGGGUGGCUUCCACUUUCUUUGUAUGGAAACUCGCAUUCCGGUGGCUCGGGGAAGACAAACACUACAGGAAGCUACGCCUCGUCCCUUCCUUCAAACCGGUGUCGUCACUUCUCCUUUGCUGAGAUCAAAGCAGCUACUAAGAACUUCGAUGAGUCUCGAGUGCUCGGUGUUGGAGGUUUCGGCAAGGUGUACAGAGGAGAGAUUGAUGGUGGAACUACAAAGGUAGCUAUCAAGAGAGGUAACCCGAUGUCUGAGCAAGGUGUGCACGAGUUUCAGACAGAGAUUGAGAUGCUUUCGAAGCUUAGACACCGUCACCUUGUGUCUUUGAUUGGAUACUGUGAAGAGAACUGCGAGAUGAUACUUGUGUAUGAUUACAUGGCUCAUGGGACUAUGAGAGAGCAUCUCUACAAGACUCAGAACUCUCCUCUUCCUUGGAAGCAACGUCUUGAGAUAUGCAUUGGGGCAGCACGAGGGUUGCAUUAUCUGCACACCGGUGCGAAACACACGAUCAUCCACAGAGAUGUGAAGACGACAAACAUUCUGCUCGAUGAGAAAUGGGUGGCUAAGGUCUCUGACUUCGGUUUGUCAAAGACUGGUCCUACACUUGACCACACACACGUAAGCACCGUCGUGAAAGGAAGCUUCGGUUAUCUCGACCCAGAGUACUUCAGACGUCAACAACUGACUGAUAAAUCAGAUGUAUACUCCUUUGGUGUCGUUCUCUUUGAAGCCUUAUGUGCACGGCCUGCCUUGAACCCGACGCUAGCGAAAGAACAAGUGAGCUUAGCUGAGUGGGCACCGUACUGCUACAAGAAAGGCAUGCUUGACCAGAUCGUUGAUCCGCAUCUCAAGGGAAAGAUCACACCGGAAUGCUUCAAGAAGUUUGCUGAAACAGCGAUGAAGUGUGUACUAGACCAGGGCAUUGAGAGACCGUCGAUGGGAGAUGUUCUCUGGAACUUAGAGUUCGCGUUGCAGCUUCAGGAAAGUGCUGAGGAGAGUGGGAAAGGGAUAUGCAGUGAGAUGGACAUGGGUGAGAUUAAGUACGAUGAUGAUAACUGUAAAGGGAAAAGCAACAACGACAAGGGCUCUGAUGUAUAUGAAGGGAACGUGAGUGACUCGAGGAGCAGUGGUAUAGACAUGAGUAUUGGUGGUAGGAGUUUGGCGAGCGAAGAUUCAGAUGGACUCACUCCAAGUGCUGUGUUUUCUCAGAUCAUGAAUCCUAAGGGACGUUAGAUAAAACCCGGUACACUUCUACCUUAUCUAAACCGGCCUCAUCAAAAGGAUGCUGGUUCGUAUUAUUUAUUAACUAUUAUUCUCUUUGCUGUUAUUUAUAUAGAAUUUUGGAUUGUGUAUUUGAUACUACUACUAGUACCACAAUGAAGAGUGUAAAAAUUAUGUAUUUAUUUUUCUUAUACAGAACAUGAUUAGCUUCAGUUUAGUA